CACAGAGAGAUAACAGUCCACAGGAAGUAUCAGGGCUGGUGGAGGGAGUGGCACGUCUCUCAGAUUCCACCUCUGAGGAACACUCUUCCUACACUUCAGAGUCCUUCGAUGACAAUGCCUCCAUAGUGACAGUCAUACGUCUAGUCAAUGACGCUGUUGAUAAUAUUGAAAGUGAAGUGUCAAGCAUGGAAAAAGAACAGCAGCGGAACAGCCCUGCAUACCGCUGGGAGCCUUGCAGUCAGACGACGACCUGGUUGUCACCUUCACGCCUGCGUCUACCGGAGUUGGGAUCUAAUCUGAACCUCAGUGACAGCGAGCAGAACAUCAGACGGGGGGGCAGCACGCGGUCUCUCCAGCUGGACUACAAAGUGAUAAGCUGCAGCGGGGACAGAGGCGGAGAGCAGGAGGCGGAGAGCGAGAGGAGGGCCUUCCACUGGGAGAGGAAUCAGUCGGGGGAGUGGGUGAGGAAACGCCUCCUGGAGAAAGAAGAGAAGAGGAGGCACGACGGGGAAGGACAGGAGAAGGGAGAAGGCAGCAGAGACAGGGGGGCGUGCGAGGACCAGCAGCAUGACAGCGGGGAAGAAAACUCCUCGCCUGUUUACGAGGAAUACCGAGAGCGUGACCCAGAGCACGGUGAAGACGGCCUUUAUGACACUCUCCCCCCGACACGACGAGCCUACGAAGGGUACCCGUCGAGCCCCUCAGCCGUCAACCUGCACCCGGCUCAGCUGCUGCCCCCCCUCAGGGCCUGGGACCUACAGACGGGGGAGUGGCGAGGGUCCCAGGAGGGCCGCAGGGGGCUCGGCUCCGGCAGCCUGUCGGGGUCCGGGGACGAGCUGGAGAGACUCCUGAACCUCGUGUCCCUCAGAGCCAGGAGGGCCACGCGGACAAACAGAGCCUCCACCCAAUCCGACCCCUCCACAGACUGGGAGGAGUUGAAAUGA